CUCUCUCGCUCCUGCGCUCCCCUCUCGCCCGCCGCAUCCCCGUGUCCGCCCGGCCGUCCGUCCCCGGCGCCGGCGAGCCCCGGAUCGCCCAUGAUGGGCUCCGUGCUCCCGGCUGAGGCCCUGGUGCUCAAGACCGGGCUGAAGGCGCCGGGGCUGGCACUGGCCGAGGUCAUCACCUCCGACAUCCUGCACAGUUUCCUGUACGGCCGCUGGCGCAACGUGCUGGGCGAGCAGCUCUUCGAGGACAAGAGCCACCACGCCAGCCCCAAGACAGCCUUCACCGCCGAGGUCCUGGCGCAGUCCUUCUCCGGCGAGGUGCAGAAGCUGUCCAGCCUGGUGCUGCCGGCGGAGGUGAUCAUCGCGCAGAGUUCCAUCCCCGGCGAGGGCCUCGGCAUCUUCUCCAAGACGUGGAUCAAGGCGGGCACGGAGAUGGGCCCCUUCACCGGCCGCAUCAUCGCCCCGGAGCACGUGGACAUCUGCAAGAACAACAACCUGAUGUGGGAGGUGUUCAAUGAGGACGGCACAGUGCGCUACUUCAUUGAUGCCAGCCAGGAGGACCACCGGAGUUGGAUGACCUACAUCAAGUGUGCGCGGAACGAACAGGAGCAGAACCUGGAGGUCGUCCAGAUCGGCACCAGUAUCUUCUACAAGGCUAUCGAGAUGAUCCCGCCUGACCAGGAGCUGCUGGUGUGGUAUGGAAACUCACACAACACCUUUCUGGGGAUCCCUGGUGUGCCCGGGCUGGAGGAGGAGCAGAAGAAGAACAAGCAUGAGGACUUCCACCCGGCGGACUCGGCGGCGGGCACCGCGGGCCGCAUGCGCUGCGUCAUCUGCCACCGCGGCUUCAACUCGCGCAGCAACCUGCGCUCGCACAUGCGCAUCCACACGCUGGACAAGCCCUUCGUGUGCCGCUUCUGCAACCGCCGCUUCAGCCAGUCGUCCACGCUGCGCAACCACGUGCGCCUGCACACGGGCGAGCGCCCCUACAAGUGCCAGGUGUGCCAGAGCGCCUACUCGCAGCUGGCCGGCCUGCGCGCCCACCAGAAGAGCGCGCGCCACCGGCCGCCCAGCGCCGCGCUGCAGCCGCACUCGCCCGCCCUGCCCGCGCCGCACGCGCACGCGCCCGCGCUCGCCGCCGCCGCCGCCGCCGCCGCCGCGGCCGCGCACCACCUGCCGGCCAUGGUGCUGUGAGCGCCGCGCACGCGCACGCCGCGCACGCGCGCCCCGCCUCCUCGCGCACGCGCGUCCCGCCUCCCGCCUACAGCUCGCGGGGCGCGGGCCGGGGCUGUUCUCCCCGCGCUUGACACCCCCACCCCGGCCGCAGAGGGCCCGGCGCCCGGCGCUGUAGGUGCGUCCCAACAAGUGAGCCCCUAGGCACACAGUCUGCGCUCCGUCUCGCAGGUGAGGACACGGAGGGGCAGGGUCCCUUUUGCGGGCCCCCCGGCUGGGGCGGCUGCUCGGCCGUCUCCUCCUCGAGGGUCCCCACGCCCGGCGUCGGGGGCGCUCUGGCACACCUGUCCAGCCGGCUUCCCGGGCUGGCAUCCCUCGGGGGUGGUAGGGCCUCAGCGGGGGCGGGGAGCCUGGGGGCGGGAGGCGGGCGGCGGGCCGGUGCGCGCACGGCCCCUCCGGCUGCCUCUUGGGACUGGUGCCCCGCGGUGUCGCGAGUCACCGACACGAUCUUGAGAGCUGGGGGCUGGCGGGGCUCUGGGGCAGCCAGAAGAGACCCGAGACCUGCUCUUCCCUGGCAGGCGGGCCCUUUUCUCCUUCUGGCCACCUUACCCCCAAAGCCGGCUCCUGGGGAGGGACGAGGCACGAGCAGGGUGCAGUGUCCCGGGCAGGCCGAGCGCGAGGGCAGACGGAAAUCCACUGGGGUACCCGGGGAAGGCCCUCUUGCGGCCUCAGUUUCCCCCUUCCCCAUCCGUAAAAAAUGAGAUAGUUGGAGCCAUGUCUCCUCCCCUUCAUCUCUGACUUCUUGCUCAGGGAGGAGAAGCGUCCCUUCCCCUCCUGGCCACACUCCUGCGGGAAGAGGGCAAGACCGGCUUCUCGGCGGAGAAAGCACUUCCCAGGCAGUGCGCGAUCCCGGUGGUGGGGGCGGUGGGGGGUGUCCGCCCCGCCCACCCACACCCUCCCUUGCCUCCUCCCGAGUCUCCCCAAACUCUGGCCGUGGGCGCCCUCUGGUGUCUCCUGUCCCACCUUGCAGUCAUGUACCAGAACUCCCGUAGGGCGUUUUGUAAAAUAAAAAAACUAUAAUAAUAAAGAAAAGUAUAAAAUGUAUAGAGUUUUCAAGAAACUGUGUUCUACUUCCAGAAAAUGGUCACUUUAACUUUGUAAAUAUUUAUCUAAAAUGAUAUUUACGAAACUGUGAUAUAUAUUAUUUGAUUGUAUAUGUACAACUGUAAAUACAUUUGUACCUCUCUUGUAUUCUAAAAUAAAAAUUACUUGGAA